AUGUCUGGUUUCAUUCGCUGGUACAAUGGCCGCCUCGCCGCGCGCCCCCUUCUCACCCAGGCCGUGACCACAUCGGUACUCUUCGCCACGGGCGACAUUACGGCCCAGCAGCUCGUCGAGGGUCGCGGCCUCCAGAAGCACGACCUGACGCGCACGGGCCGCAUGGCCCUCUACGGCGGCUGCGUCUUUGGUCCCGCGGCCACGACCUGGUUCGCCUUCCUCGCGCGCAACGUGAACCCCCGGAACCCGCGCCUGACGACGCUCUCGCGCGUGGCCUGCGACCAGCUCCUCUUUGCGCCCGUCGCCAUCGGCGCCUUUCUGAGCAGCAUGUCCGUCAUGGAGGGCGGCAGCCCCAGCCGCAAGCUGCAGACGACGUGGUGGCCCGCGCUCACGGCCAACUGGUGCGUCUGGCCGUUUGUGCAGUUUGUCAACUUUACCUUUCUGCCGCUGCAGCACCGUCUGCUCUUUGCAAAUGUCAUCUCCAUUGGGUGGAACAGCUACCUGAGCUGGGUGAACAACAAAUAA